GAGUCCCUUCUGUUCACUGCUCGAGUCCUCCCAAUCACUCGAACACAACCCUUUCACGACGUUACGAUCCUCUUAAAUAUCUUUUCGCCUUGUCACUCCUUGUCUUGUAUUCAUAUAGACUCCUGCUCCCCAAGCUUACCCCUUCCAUCCCUUCCAAGCCACCAAUUUCUGCAACUGUUUCAUCCUUGAACAACCCCACUAGACUCGACUCUUUAUACAACUUGCGUGCCCAGCAUCGCGCUCUGCUUCCACAACAACAAUACCAACAUGGCGACUGAAACCACAAAAGUCGUACCCCUGACCUGCCACGGUCAUUCCCGUCCCGUUCCUCACAUCCAUUUCUCGGCCAUUACUAGCGAAGACCAAUACUACAUCAUAUCCGCAUGCAAGGAUGGCAAUCCCAUGCUGCGCGACGGUAUUACCGGGGACUGGAUAGGAACCUUCCUCGGUCAUAAGGGAGCAGUUUGGCAAGCUAGAUUGUCUGCUGAUGCGACACUUGCUGCGACGGGAUCUGCGGAUUUCUCUGCCAAGGUUUGGGACACCAAUACCGGAGAGGCUCUGCAUACCUUACAGCACAACCACAUCGUUCGUGCAAUCGCUCUUCCGAAUCAGCCAAGACCUCAGAUCCUAGCGACUGGUGGAAUGGAAAAGAAGCUACGCAUCUUCGAUCUAUCGCACACCUCCUCCUCCGCCGAUGGAUCUUCAGGCGCGACGCCUCCAAGCUAUGAGAUUGGAGCGGGCGUGCACACUGGCACUAUCAAGUCAAUUGUCUGGGGAGCCGACCCCAACAUCCUCAUAACCGCGGCAGAAGACAAGAAGAUUCGCUGGUGGGACUUGCGAACCCAGACCACAAUUGGGGAAUACGCAGUAGAGGGCCCAGUUGGCACGUGCGAGCUGGACAACACAUCGGCAGAUGGUACUCUCAGCGUUGCUGCUGGAAAGAGCGUAUACUUCUUCAACAGCGCAUCUCCAGGCGCGCUCUUGAAGAGCAUCAAGACAUCAUAUGAGAUUGGUAGCGUGGCAUUGCAUAGUGGUGAUAGGAAGUUCGUUACUGGCGGUAGCACGCAGAACGACACCUGGGUGCGAGUAUGGGAUUUCGAUAGUGAGAAGGAACUUGAAACUAACAAGGGACAUCACGGUCCGAUUUGGUCGGUGAGCUAUUCGCCAGACGGCAAGCUGUAUGCCACUGGCAGCGAAGACGGAACGAUUAAGCUGUGGAAGCAUACAGCCGGACCGUAUGGACUUUGGCGGUAAUCUGCAUGCGGUGGGCGUCUAUGUUUGUGUUAUCUGAUAGCAAGGCUAUCCCCAGAAGAUUAGCAUAUGAGCCGCAUGAGUCGGCGUGAACAUGUCCGAUACCCAUAGAGCCAAUUUUAGGAAACUCUAUCAAGCUCUACCGUGUAUUGACUAUCCUAUUGAUAUGUAUCUGCUUACAAUCUCG